GCCAAAGAACACAAGAAGUACAAGAAGUAGAAGUAGAAAAAAAAGAAGAAGAAGCAGCAGGAGCGACCAACAAACCAACCCAUCCUGGGCUACCAUGCUUUUGUUAACUAAAGUUCCUUGUAUUUCUUCACGUACGUUUCAACGUGCAAAUACCCAGCUCAACGUACUGACAACGCAGAGAAUCGGGAGCUCCUGUAACCAGGUGAGGAGGCUUUUAUACCUCCCGAAAAUUGGUCCGCUUACCAAACAAGUGCUGCCAGGCCGCGCCCCUUUCUGCUCACCAUUGAAUAAAUGGGUUGAGAGCAGAGUUGAUGGUCAUAGAUGGAGGAAAAGCGUCCAUCUGACACUACCAAGGCUGGAGAAAUCGGCCCCUGUGCAGAUUAGUGAGCUUUCGGAAGCAGCAUAUGAGAAACUGGCAGAGGACACUUUGGGAGCUCUGACUGAUUACUUUGAAGACCUGACGGAAGAAGCUUUCACUGGAGCUGAUUACGAUGUUGUCUUCUCUAGUGGUGUUUUGACGGUGAAGUUAGGUGGGGACCAUGGGACCUACGUCAUCAACAAACAAACACCAAACAGACAGAUCUGGCUUUCUUCCCCCACCAGUGGACCAAAGCGCUAUGACUGGACAGGUGAACACUGGGUGUACAUUCGCGAUGGUAUUAGGCUCCACCAACUACUUUCCAAAGAGUUUUCCAUCAUCUUCAGAAAAAAUAUGGACCUCUCUGACCUGCUUUAUUCCUGAGAAUAUAUGAUUAUCUCAGGCAUGAGAACUGUGACUCACAGAACUGUUCCAUGAAAGACCCAUAGUGUCACUCCUCUACCAGAGGCAUUGUAGUUUGAGGGUUUUAGGAUUCUGUGCAGUAUCUUGGCUGUUCAAUGUAUAUACAAAUUUAUAUAAUAUACACUAUAUCCAAUGACUAACUCAAUAUGGCAUAAAAAGUAUGCAGUUAUUAGAAACAAGUGCUUAGGAUAUAGUUGUAUGUAAUUACGUUUCAGUCUUUGUCCGCUGCUCUGGUGUUUUCUAUAUGUUUUAUGUUCUCUAAUAAUGUUAUAAAAAUGUCAUACUAAUGACAAAUGUUCAUUAUGUACAACCCACCCAUAUUUUGUUUUCUUAUAAACUUCUCUUUGUCCGUAUCCCACAAUGUCAACAUCUCACUUGUUUUGGACUCAACCUUAUCCAACCCAAUGCAUUGUCAUGUUUUACAGAGUUGGCAUUUUUUCUUUUUAACCAGAUCAUGUUUUGCUGAUUUCAAUAUGCAGAUUUUUGAUAUUUUGCAAGUGAAUCAUGUUCACCACUAAACAUAAAUGUUACCA